AUGUCGUCAGGCCUGCAUCCGUAUGCGGGGGAGAAAUCCGACGUUCCCUCCAAGAUCGUUCACGUGUCCGGAUACUACCUCCAUUAUCACGCCCUUUCCAUCCUCGCGAUCGGAAUAUGGGUUGUUUACACAGUUACUAUGAUUGGGCUGCUGGAUAGCCUCACCCGCGCCGACGUAUCCAAUCCCCAGGCUACGGCGUUGAAGGAGACUGUUGUCGACAUCAUGUCAACCUUCUUCAUCCAGGCUCACGUUCCGAUUACCGGCAUGUACCUUGCUCGGCUUGGCAUGUCAGCUCUUCAGCAUCCCAAAACAGCGCCACGAACCUGGAUCGAGCUGUUUUGGCUGGCCGAUCGUAAUUGGCAAGGCCCUCUUGCCAUUGGGGCCACAUACUACACUAUCCUGCAACGGCGAAUCCGCCCCUCUCCCACUUUCAUCAUGUUCUCGCUAGCCAGCAUCGCGGCGUUAGCCACGCCUAUCCUAAUGCGUCAGGCAUGGCCCGUCAGCGUCCUCGACACGGUCCAGACAUGGACAUUGGACCUGGAUAGCUUCUCGCCCAUCACCUUCAACAACGUCGACAGUGCUUCGCAAAGAGCAACCGGCGAAGGUGCCUGGACGUCCGGGCUAUCGAUUUUGGACGUCUACAACACUAGCACGUAUCUCAAUGCGAGCUAUCCCUACGUCAACGAAAGCUCUGGAGAGUAUUUCUUUGCCGGCGACGCCAUCAACUUGGAGAUCCCUUCCAUGCCAGGCGUAUGGAUCUCCGGCAAUUGCCGCGAGGUACAAACACCUUCAUUACCCGACUAUACCGACGCAAGUUUGCAACAAUUCUGUGACGACUUCGGCUUCGACCAGCACUACCAGGAGACGGCUACCCUCACGGCCACAGGAGGCAGUGUUUUUCUCACCAUAGCUUGGUGCAGCAACUUUUUCGCGAAUGGCACUGUCAACAACAACUGGAUGAACGAAGGCUACUUCCCAGCGAGCAUUUUCGUGUACCUGAACGGUACCGAUGGUCACACAGAUCUGAACGGGUCAAUCCAGUGCGACUCGGAAUUCGUCACAGGGACAGUCACAGUCAACGAGAUCUACCUGCAGACCUUCACUGAACUAGAGCCUGACGCCUUCUUUAACGCGAGCUUGCCGCACGUCGACAUCCCACAGCAUCCGCUCUUCGCCGCAAUGUUCUCUAUCACACAACCUUUCGGGACCGCAGAUCCCUCUGACGAUGAGAGCGAGACGCAGAGCGUAAACGCAGAAAGGGCCGAUGCCAUCCUCAGGGAGUUGGGGUAUCAAGCGCAGUACCAAGAAGAUCUCAAAGGCGUCGCGUUCCUUCAGCCCAACCUCUCUACCAUGGCCACCCAAUUAUGGGUCGGAACGACGCACAUGACCGCGGCGCUCAGCCUCCUCUCCCGCGACAGCGUCCAUUUCGACAACGCCUUGCAGUUCAUACCCGUCACCGGCCGAGUCAGGCGUCCGGCGUUCAUCGCCCUCGCCGUGGCCGCCAUCGGAAUAUGGUUCCUCAUCCUGGUGUACUGCACCUUCCGCAUGUAUCGCCCUACCUUCAGCAGUAGCCUGAACGGGUACGCCGCCGCCCGUCUACUUGCGGACUGGCCAGAACUGGUGGACGGCCAUUGCUGCGGGGACCUUAUGGAGAACACGAAUCUACGGAAGAAAUUCGGUCGAGUCGAGGACACGAGGCCGGAUGAGCCGCUUGGACACAUUGGCGUUCCCCAUACCGAGACGGAACACGAGACUCCCCUCGACUCCGCACGGGCUUAUAGUUAA